GCGACAACGACGACUUCGUUUUCAAUCUCCACUCCUCCAAACACGCACAUCAACCGCAAAAAUGGCCGCACGAAGCGCAGCUCUCAAGAUCGACUGGGCCCAGGUCACCACCUCGCUGGGCCUCCGUGGCCAGACGGCCGCCUCGCUCCAGGCUUUCAAGAAGCGUAACGACGACGUCAGGCGCAAGGUCCAGCAGCUGUCCCAGCAGUCUACCCAGGUCGACUUUGCCCACUACCGCUCCGUCCUCAAGAACCAGGCCAUCGUCGACGAGAUCGAGAAGCGCUUCGCCGCCUUCAAGCCCGCCACCUACGAUGUCUCGCGCCAGCUCAAGGCCAUCGACGCCUUCGAGGUCGAGGCCGUCAAGAACGCCGAAGCCACCAAGAACCAGGUCGACAUGACCCUCAAGGACCUCCAGAAGACCCUCGAGAACAUUGAGACUGCCAGGCCGUUCGAGGACCUCACUGUUGAUGAGGUUGCCGCUGCCGAGCCCUCGAUUGACGAGAAGACCGCCAAGUUGGUCUCCAAGGGCCGCUGGCAGGUGCCUGGAUACAAGGAGAAAUUCGGCGACCUGUCCGUGCUAUAAGCAUCUCGACCGCGACCUUGUUCCCUUUGUGUACUCUAGCAUUGUAGAUAGGCGAGAUCGAACCGGCAGCAUCGAAAAGGGGCCGACUAGACUAUUUCUACAGAAUUCUGCAAUAUCACGCCAUAUCUUUAAUCAAAACCUACUGUGUCGAUUCCG